AUGUGCGCCCAAGAAUGGCACGGGAGAAGACGUACUGCCGCGCCGGGCAGACACUGCCUGACAUUGACCGAGGGCUAUUCACCCUUUAAAUUAAUUUUUGGUCAAGAACGACAAACUCCUCAGAUUCGUACAGUCUUAGCAGAUUUACCCACUCCUGAAGCCACUAAAAAUCCAAUCGAUUCUACCACCGUUCAUAAAAAAAUGAAGAAAAAUGCUGAAGAACAAGUUAGUUCCCUCAACAAGAAGCGUAGGAAUAACCAGUCAUUCAAAGUUGGUGAUGCUGAUUUGUUAAGCCGAGGUCAAAGGGCAGAGAAAUUUACAUGCGAAUUCGUGGGACCCUAUGUCAUUGAACAACUAUUAGCUAAUGACCGAUACUCAAUUCAAAAACUGGGCACGAGAAUGACUCUUAAGUGUUCAAAGGACCAGUUGCGCCACUGGCCAAUCGAGUGGACUCCUGAUUAUUUCCAAAAUCUGCUAGAAUUAAAUGAUUAUCUUUUGGCUGGAAUUAACGAAAAACCCAACGACUCUGCUAAAGGCAGGUUGCAGUGA